CAAUACAGGGCAGAAAAUCUAACAAAAGCAAUCAAUCAAAUAUAUUAACAAAUCAGACUGAAAUAUUAGAGUUUUUUUGUCAUGUCCGUUACGUUUGAUGUCACUUCCGUUUUUUUGCAACACAAUCACAACACAACAACUGCCGUGUAUUCGUCGCUAACAUGGCGGAUCUCUAUGCAGGGCUAGAGUCUCCCUUGGACAACACAAACGGUGUGUUGAGGCGCUGUAGGGGCCGACCCCGGCUCACCGACACCGACCGGGCCCAGCGACGCCUGGAGUCGCGGAAGAAGUACGACGUGCGGCGGGUUUACCUGGGGGAGUCCCACCGGCGCUGGACGGACCUCCGCAGCCGGACGAGUCUGAGCGACGCCGGCCUGGCGGAGUACCUGAUGCUGCUGGACUCGACCUACGGGGAGAAGUACCUGCAGAACCGCCAUGGGGAGAAGAUUGCCCCCGAAAUUCCUGGGAAGCACAAAAAAGGGAUUAUGGAAGAGGACUCCAGCCUCAAGAGCCUGGUGUCCUGGUACCAAGACCACAGCAACAGCUGCCCCUACGAGCCCCAACUUCGAGGCUUGGAGCCACAGCCCGGCUUCGCCACCGCAGCGGCCUGGCGCUGCCCGGCCGAACACUCCUUCGUGCAGUACCUGCUGCCGCCACCGGGGGACACCAGCGAGUCGGAGCCUGAAGGAGAGGUGGAGGGAAACGGUGAGGGAACAACCAGUAGAAGCCUAGCGCUGGUUAAUGGCCCGGUGACCAGGCAGAGGAGGGACAGGGUCAAACGGGCUCAGGAGCGGGAGGAAGACGCGGCUGACCAACCAGACGUCUGCGGGGACCCCGGGGCCUCCGCCCGGUCCCCCCCGCCGGCUCCGGAGAACUUCGUCGGGGCGGAGGACCAGGGGAGCCAGAGGAGCGCCGUGGUCCACGUAGCGGGGCGGGGCCUGCAAGACGGGGAGCCGGAGGAGGACCGGAGGAGAGAGGAUCACUCGGGAGAAGGCGAAGGAGAGGGGGAAGGCGCUGGGGGUGGUGGGGGAAGAGAGGUGAAGUUUUCGGAGGAGCUGGAGAUAACGGCCGGCGGUUACACGUGUGUCGUCAUGGCAACUGCCCUGACGGACAAGCUGGUGAAGGCGGAGGCGGAGCCUGCUCUGUCCCACCAAGGGGCGGGGCCAUUGGCGGAGUCUGGCCAGGGGGUGGAGCUCGGGGCGGAGUCUGAGCACGCCGAGCUCUUCGGUUCUCAGGGGCUCCAGACCAUGAUUGACGGCUGCCAGAUCCAGGGUCAGAGGUCAUCACUGGAAGGCCCCCAGCUGAUCAUCAUCACGGGGCCAGGCUAUGGGUCUCUGGCCCCUGAGGGCCUCCAGCUCAGCGUGGCUCCCGGGGCCGUGGAGGAGGUCACCUGCACCGUCAUCCAGGGCGUGGCCUUCGACCAGGUGUGCCCCUCCGACGCGGAGCUGAGGGCGGCCGAGGAGGACGAAGAGUCCAUCUCAGGUCUGAGUGAUAAACACAUCCUGGAACCCACCGAGCAACACAUGGAGUCCAGCUGUGAGCGGGAGAGGUCCCGCGGCCUCUGCAGGUCCAGGAGAAGCCGUCGCGGCCCGGUCAUCGAGGCGGACGGCAUGCUGAAGAUGUUCCACUGCCCGUACGCCGGCUGCAGCCAGGUGUACGUCGCCAUCAGCAGCUACCAGAACCACGUGAACCUGGUGCACCGGAAGGGCAGGACCAAGGUUUGCCCCCACCCGGGCUGCGGGAAAAAGUUCUACCUGUCCAACCACCUGCACCGUCACAUGAUCAUCCACUCAGGGGUUCGGGACUUCAUCUGUGAGACGUGCGGGAAGUCGUUCAAACGCAAGAAUCACCUGGAGGUCCACCGGCGUACGCACACCGGGGAGACGCCGCUGCAGUGUGAGGUCUGUGGCUACCAGUGUCGGCAGCGAGCGUCGCUCAACUGGCACAUGAAGAAACACCGCACGGAGGAGCAGUACCGCUUCACCUGCCAACACUGCGGCAAGCGCUUUGAGAAGCUCCAUAGCGUCAAGUUCCACAGGCUGAAGAGCCACCCCGACCAGCAGGCGUCUGCCCCCUAAAUGCCAUAAGGCGGUGAUGGGAAAUGUAGUCUUGUAGUCCUCGGAUCAACAUCUCUCCCAGACCAUCCAUGAUGCAGACAAAGCACCAUCGGGUGGACUGGGUGAUGGGGAUAGUCGUGUCUCCUGGUCCUCGUAGAAACAUCGCUCGUAGAACCAUGGUACAAAACAGAGGGGGAACACCAGAGCACCAGAAGCUCUGGGAGAUGGUGAUGGGGAAAGUCCUCAAAGUAACUCCGCUCAGAGAGCCGAGGUACCACCAUGUUGGGAUUUGGAGUGUGUCUCAGAGGGCCAUCCAUGAUGCCACCCAAACACGGCAUGCGAUGAAGAACAAUGACGGGGAAAUUUAGUUUUACAGGUGAAUGACUAACACUGACCUACAAAGGACAAUCUAUGGUCUGACAGGCCUCCAAAGAUGGGCCCACUGGUCUUCGCUGUGACUGCUAUCCAGAAUGCCUUCUGUGUUGUAGCUCGGCAGUUAAACCGGUUCACUUGAAACAUGGAGGUGUCUGGUUCCAAUCCAACGUGCGUCAGGUCGUCAGAUGGUUAAACCCAGUCCCAGACAUGUGGGUGGUUAGUCUGUGAUCACGGUCUGGGCAACGCGGUUAGCAGAUCAACAAGCGUCUAACUCCUGCUCAACAGACACAACGAAGUCUCCUUUUGAUGCGUUAGCUGUUUGGUACUCUUCUGUGUAUUCAUGUGUCCUUUGGGCGGUGUGUGUUAUCAGAGGAUGUUGUAUGGUCGGAUCUGGUUCACGGUUACCGUGACGUGAUGCUCCCGUCUCUCCCGACUAGGGUUGAGCGCAG